AUGGUGAUUACGCGUAGUAACAACGGAGAAUCAUCGAAGCGUCGCAAGGAUGAACAAACAACCCAGGGGGCCACAGAAGAGGCCUCCGGGGGCGACUCAGCCGCUAGUGGUUCAACAAACACCACUAGCGAAACCACAACGGUCAGCGAUACGACCGCUACCUCGGCAACCGAUAGAACAACCGCAACGGAAGAAACCCAGCAAGAGGGUGAUCAAAGAUCGCAGUGCACAUUGAAGCCCGGCGAGACUAGGUCACGCCGCUCCGUAGCCUCACGCAAGAGACUCCUCGCGGAGUUAGAGGCGAAAGAGCGGUUAGCCGAACUCAAGCUCGAGCAGGCUCAGUUGCAAGCAAGAACAGAAUUGCAAGAAAUACACGUGCAGCGACUACAAGCAGAAGCCGGAUCAACCGAUGAAGAUGAAGAAAUAGAAGACGAUUUGGCAUCAGUGCGCAUUAGUACAUGGUUGCAAGAAAAACCUACAUCGCAACCCGCGCCUCAGCCCGCGCCACAACCCGCGCCACAACCCGCGCCGCAGCCCGCGCCGCAACCCACGUCGUACUUCGCGCCGCAACCAGCACUGCAGAUCGCACCACCCGUACUUCAACAGUGUGCGCCGCAAUACGCUCCGCAACAUACCGCGCCGCAGAAAGAAGACUAUGGACAGGCGCAGCAGCAAAUCGACGUCGCUACCUUAGCCGCUGCUCUAUCACAAGCAGUACGAAGCACAAGGGAGCCGCCGAAAUAUAUACAAGAGCUGCCCUCAUUCAAUGGUAGCAGCAAGGAGUGGCUCAGCUUCAAGACAAUGUACGAAGAAUCUUCAAAGUACUUCACGGCGAACGAAAACAUAGCGAGAAUACGCCGAAGCUUAAAAGGGACAGCAAAAGAAGCCGCAGGUUGCCUACUUAUAAGCCAACCAGAUCCCAGAAUUAUAAUAGAAGCUUUGGAAAGGAGAUUCGGACGACCAGAAGCGUUAAUUCACUUGGAAAUAGAGAAGCUGAAGCUGCUGAACAAAGUUACGGACAAUCCCAGGGAGCUAUGCAUAUUCGCAAAUCGCAUAGCGAACGUAGUGGGCACCGUGGAAGCACUCAAGAAAGCACACUAUCUGCAUAGUCCAGAAAUGACGCGAGUUAUCACAGACAAACUCACGCCCAUAUUGAAAAGCAAAUGGUACGACUAUGCAGCCAGAAAGAAAGAAGAUAUCCCAGAGCUUAAGAAGAUAUCAAUGUUCUUAAACGAAGAAGCGGAUAAAUGCAGCGCGUAUGCCUUGCCGGAGUUCAUCGCAGAGGACAGCGAAACGAGAGAGCGAAGACCGAGAAAAAUAGAACGUGCCUUCGCCACAAGCAAGAAACCAUAUGAAGAACGCUGCCCUCAAUGCAAACAAGAACACAAACUGCCCGAUUGCAAGUCAUACGCCGCUCUGUCCACAAAUGACAGAUGGGAAGUAGCAAAGAAGUACAAUAUCUGCUACCGCUGUCUGCGAGGCAAACAUCGUCGAUUACUGUGCAAAGCUCCACCGUGCGGAAAAGGCGGAUGCAUGAUGAAACACCAUAAAUUGUUGCAUCACGACAGAACAGCAGUAAUGGAAAAAGAACCCGCUAUGGAAACCGCAACAUCGGCAAAGGAGGUCAACACAGCGACUCGACCGUACAAGCACCGCCGCGCUUACCUAAAGAUUGCGCCCGUAACAAUAAGGGGGCCGCUAAGCUGCGUCGAAACAUACGCAUUAUUGGAUGAAGGGAGCACGGUCACCUUAGUCGAUGCCUCAAUCGCCGACGUCAUCGGCGCCGACGGCCCAGCCCACACAAUGUGGAUACAAGGGGUCGGCUCGGAGGUGAAACACGAGAAGAGCAAGAUCGUCAGCUUUAAAAUAAGAGGAACGUACGCGCAAGAAGAACACAACAUAGAAGCAGCGCGUACUGUAGAGCGGUUGGACUUCGCGCCAGAAUCCGUGAAUGAAGAUCACUUGGGGAAUUGCCCACAUCUGUUGGAUAUCAAAGAGGAUAUCACCUACGAACGCGCCUCACCGAAAGUACUAAUCGGGCAAGAUAACUGGCACCUCAUAGUGUCUAGAAAACUGCGCGUCGGCCGUCGAGACCAACCAGUCGCCUCAUACACCAACCUGGGCUGGGUUCUGCAUGGCUGUCAUAGCUCAUUGACGUCGACGGUCACCUUCUGCGGCAGACUACAUCAGAGGGAAGAUGCACCACCGAUAGAAGAAGAAAUAAAAAAUUAUUUCAAAUUGGAGUCGCUGUGCAUCGAGCCGAGAAGACCGAAAGAAGAUCCCGAGCAGCGAGCCAUGCAAAUAUUGGACGAAACCAGCCAGAGGUCAGCGGACGGCAGAUUCGAGACAGGGUUGUUGUGGAAACAAAAGGACUUCCAAAUACCAAAUAAUUAUAAAGAAGCGGAAAGGCGCCUGCACACCUUAGAGAAGAGGCUCGACCGAGACAGCAAUCUCAAGCUACAGUACGAAGAACGCAUCGAGAACCUCUUCAACUCGGGUUACGCAGAGCGCGCGCCAAUGCCACCGCCGCAAGGAAGGACAUAG